AGAGACUGGACGUAUUCCCUCAACAGAUCAACAGAUCCGGAGGAAAAGCGUCGGAAACGAACGAACGAACAUUCCCAGACUAAACGAGUCCCUCUACCUUUCAGAGGCACGCUGGAGACCGCCAGGACGCAGGAGCAAACGGGUACCCGCCGUUCCCUCACCCAAUUCCUCUUACCUUUCUUCUUCCGCUCCUUCCAGAUGCACCCGCAGCGCCCCCUGCCCCAGGCCAUGCCCUCCUCCCUGGGGCAGAAUCUGAGGGACGCCGCUCUUGGGUUCGGCCGGAGCAAGAACGUCCUCGGAGGGAACAUUGCCUACGGGUUCAUCCAGUCUCUCAAAGAGUGCCUCUACUUCCUGCUCUGCUGCUGGUGCAUCAAGGAGAUUCUGGACUGAGGGACAAGAAAAAGCAAAUAAAAGCCUGGAAAGGACUAGAAAAGACCCUGAGAAAGGUUUUUACUUAUAACAUUUAGUUAGAAAUGUCCUCAAACCUUUCCAGUCAUCAUCCGUUGCUUCAACUCCUUUUGGCGCCCUGGAAAAAAGACUGGUAAAGACUGGAAAAGAAGGGAUCUCUCCAACUUCAUUCGUUCUUUGCUUCUUCACAUUUUGCUUUUGGAGCUGGACUGAAGAUGCACUGAAGAUUCUAGCAGAUGCAGUGGGCGUGGUGUGUUGAAGUGGUAGAAGAGCACAUUUCAUGUCUGUGACUCAGAAGCUUCCCGAAGUCGGAUCUAAGCAGAGCAGAGACCCUGAGGUCAGGAGGCCGGACGACCUGCAGUGAACUCCAGCUUCAGUUUAGAGCUUCAUCACAAUCCUGCCUGAUCUGGAGUGAUGACUGACGCAUGCUGACAAUGCUGACUGCUUUCUAAUAAACUCAAAUAAACCUUUUAAACAGAAAAGU